AUGAGAUCAAUUAUCACUAAACGUUUUAAUAGCACAACUGCUUUAAAAAAGACUGCAUUACAUGACCUACAUGUAGAGUUAGGUGCCAAGAUGGUACCAUUUGCUGGUUAUUCAAUGCCUUUAUUAUAUGACGGUCAGACUCAUAUCGAAUCCCAUUUAUGGACCAGAAGCAAUGCAGGUUUAUUCGACGUUUCUCAUAUGUUACAGAGUAGAUUAUCAGGUAAAGAAGCCAUGGACUUCUUACAUAGAGUAACUCCAACUGAAUAUAAAGGUUUGCAAAGUAAUAAUGGGACAUUAUCAGUUUUGUUGAACUCUACUGGUGGCAUUGUCGAUGACACUAUGAUAACUAAAAUUAAUGAUGAAGAAUUUUAUAUUGUUACCAAUGCUGGUUGCGUUGAAAGAGACUUAGAAUUUAUCAAGGAACAACUAGAGACUUCUGGUUAUAAUUGCUCUUGGGAUGUAAUCCAGGGUAGGUCCUUAUUGGCUUUACAAGGUCCAGAAGCUCACAAAGUAUUACAACCUUUAUUACGUGAAGGUCAGCCAUUAAAGGAAUUAUAUUUUGGCCAAAGACGUCCAUUUGAAUUGGCAAAUAAUGUUACAAUCGAUGUAGCCAGAUCAGGGUAUACCGGUGAAGAUGGUUUUGAAAUCAGUGUUCCAAAUGAAAAUGCAUUGGAAUUUGCCCAACAAUUGCUGGAUAAUAACAUCACAAAACCAAUUGGGCUAGCUGCAAGAGACAGUUUAAGAUUAGAAGCCGGUAUGUGCUUAUAUGGUAACGAACUGAACGAAUCCAUCACUCCAGUCGAGGCAGCCUUGUCCUGGUUGAUCUCCAAACCAAGAAGGAACGUUUCAGAAGAUUCCAUCAAGUUCAAUGGCUAUGAAAAGAUAAUGGAUCAAGUCAACAACAAGACCCACGACAAACUACGUAUCUCAUUCAAAUAUACAGGUAAAGGUCCAGCUGCCAGAACUGGCUCCAAGAUCUUUUUACCUGAUAAAACCACUGAAGUUGGUGUUGUCACCUCAGGCAGUGCAUCUCCAAGUCUAAACAACUUAAAUAUCGGUCAAGGAUACGUCACCAAAGGUCAACACAAGUCAGGAACUGAACUAUUGGUCCAAGUAAGAAACAAGUUCUUCCCAAUUGUCCUAAGCAAGAGUCCAUUGGUUCCAUCUCACUAUUACCGUCCAUAG